AUGCCUAGUAGCUAUGAUCUAUAUCGUUAUACUAUUAUGCAGAGUGGAGCCAUACUUGAUGGCUUUAUCUACAAUUCCAUAGCAGAAGCUCGUCAAGCUUUCCUGAAGUUUGGCAAACAAGCAGGAUGUAAUGGCACUACUAUUGCUGCCGUGACUCAGUGUGUACGUAGUUUAAGUGUGGCAGCAAUUUUAAAAGCAUCCGCUUCAUUAUUAUUAGCGAAUGGCGGAUUUUUUGGUAUUACCGUAGACGGUAAAUUAAUUGCAGAGAAUCCUAGAAAAGCUUGGGCAGCAGGUCGAUUUAAGAAAACCAAUCUACUAAUAGGAACUUCAGCUCAAGAUGGCUACUCACUCAUACCUUCUUAUGUAAAUAGGCCAAUGUUUGUAGGCCUUAUAAAAUCCUCGCUUACUGGAGUAUAUAAUGAUUUAGGACAAGAUGUUACGAUCGACAGAUACACAAAUUACAAAGAAAACAUCAAUUCUCUAUCAAGUAAUUGGCUCAUGUUAGCGGAAUUAACUACUGAUUCACUCUUCCUUGCACCCGCUGAUUUCGUUGCCGGGCAUCAUUCUACUUAUUCACCUACCUAUACCUAUGUUUUCUCUCAUCGAACAAAUCAAUCAGCCUAUUUUAAACCUAAAAAUGGUGCGACUCAUGGCGUAGAACUACCCUACAUCUUUGGCUAUCCAGUCAAUAAGCCUUUCGGCUUUUUAUCAAAUUUUAGUUCUGCAGAAAUUGAUUUGAGUAAAGAUAUGAUGGCUAUGUGGGGAAAUUUUAUACGCACUGGGGAUCCAUCCACUACAAGGAUUUCUUGGCCAGAAUACACAAGUACCAGUACUUACUACUUGACUAUUACAGCCAAAGGCUAUAAUCCUGUAACCAAUUACAAGCGUAAUCAAAUUGCUUUCUUUAAUAAUUUGUUAAAUGUAAAAUUUACGUUAGUUAAUAAUCCUACCGCUAGCACUCAAUCUCCAACUCAAUCUCCGACUCAAUCCGUAACUACUCCCUCCGGCUCUGUUAUACAGAGUUCGACUUUCAAGGUUGCUACUUACGCCUUGAUUGGAGUGAGUGCAGGUUUAUUUAUCAUUGUGGUUAUCUUACUUGCAAUGCGUUGUCGGCGUAGUAAAGAAGUAUUGGUCUAGAGGGUGAAUUUCUUGCUC